AUGUCGGCCGAUGUGGCCGCAGUCAAGCGAGAGGAGCGCGCAAUGGUCGACGACAGCGACAUCAACGUCGCAUCUUCUUCCAACUCGGCCAACCGACCACCGCCAUACCUGCCGGCGACGACGAGCAAGCCAGCCGACCUGCCACGGGCGUAUCUCAAUGGCACACAAGAUAUGCUGAGCCUGUUCGGUCUCAUGCCCAUCUACGAUAGAGCCGUGCGUCCGUACAAUCCAGAGACCAUCAAGGCGGAGAACGAGGCUUCGACUUCGAGCUUUGCCGCACCAGCAGGACCAGGCGCGACACCACGCGGGGGAGCGCAAACAGGAAAUGCAGCAAUCGUAGCAGGGAUGACAGGAGAAGGCGGAGCAGCAAAUGCUGGGUCAGUGCCGCCAGGCGCGACCCCGUCGAGCAGUCAACAAGGUCUAGCACAGGGCAAUGCCACACCUCGGCCUAGCAACGCCCCCACUGUCGGAGCAGCGGGUUUAGCGAGUCAUCCAUCCCACGCCGCCUCCAGUACAGGUCGUAUCUCCACGCCCGCUCUCCAACUCAACGGCGGACCGCCCACCUUCUCGCUGCAUACCGACUCGUCCGCCAUCCUGGCCGCUUCGCCUGGUCAACUGGCCGCCUCCGCUGCGGCCGCCCCACCCGCGCGCAAACCCACUAAGCCACCAGGAACAUACGCACACUACGUCGAAGACCUUGCGGGCCGCGUACGUCCACCACGCAAAUCGGCGCGCGCCGCAAGAGAAGGCAAGGGCACGACGCUCACGUCAAUUCUGUUCAAGCCCGAGUACACACCACAGCGCAUCGUGCCGUUCGACAGGGAGACCAUGCAGGCUGCGUUCAGCGUCGAGCCCGGUGUCGUGGCCCAGAUCGACCAGGCUUUGUUAGAGCCCGACGAUGAGGAGGUGCGGCCUAGAAAGAAGAAGAAGAAGGACAGGGUCAAGGAUGAGGUGAGGGGGAUGCGAGGGAGCUCUGGGGUGAGCAGCGCUGCGAGGACACCGGUGAGGCGGUGA